UCGAGCCGGGGAGUGUAACGGAGACAGCUGGGCGAAGGUUACCAAGGGGAGACGAGGAGGCCGCCAUGUUUCACGAGUCAGCAAGCAUGUCUCAAACACUCUGCUUGAUGAUUGACGAAGCAAGUAAGAUGGUUUGGAGCGGACACAAAGACGGUAAGGUUCGUUCCUGGAAGAUGGACCAGCAGUUCACCGAUGGCAACACCUUCAAAGAAGGCUUGUCUUGGCAAGCACACAAAACUCCUGUUCUUUCCAUGACAAUGUCUUUCUACGGUGACAUAUGGACGGGUGCAGAGGGUGGGAAUAUAAGGAUCUGGCCAUGGGAAGCUCUAGAAAAAUCGCUUGGACUAACGCAGGAGGAAAGGCGGAUGGCUGCUGUGCUGAUCGAGAGAUCAAUUAUCGAUUUGAGAGCUGAAGUCACCACUAACGGCGUAUGCAACAUGCCCUCUUCGGAUGUGAAAUAUCUGUUAUCUGACAAUGUUCGAGCCAAGGUUUGGGCUGCAGCCUCUCAAACCUUUUCACUAUGGAACGCUCGGACGAGGGAGCUUCUUAAAGUGUUCAACCUAGAGGGUCAGAUUGAGAAUCGCGUAGACAAUCCAUCUCAAGACCAGCCAGUUGAAGACGGGGAUAAUGCGAAGUCCGUCUCCAAGGGAAAAAAGGAUAAACCACAGGGCUUCCUGCAGAGGUCGCUCAAUGCUCUGAUAGGCGCUGCGGAUGCUGUUCGUAGAGUAGCAAAGGGGGCGGGAGCUUUAGUCGAAGACACAAAGAAGAUAGAAGCAAUGAUGAUUGCUGCAGAUGGUGUGAUUUGGACGGGUUGUUCGAAUGGAUUGAUAAUCCUUUGGGACGGGAAUGGGAACCGUAUGCAGGAUUUCACUCGGCACCCUGCUGCUGUACAAAGCUUCUGCUCUCACGGUUCGAGGAUAUGGGUUGGAUACGCAACAGGCAACAUCCAGAUACUAGACCUCGAAGGGAACUUGGUAGCCGGCUGGGUUGCCCACAACGAGCCUGUUAUAAAACUAGUCGUUGGCCACGGACAUCUUUUUAGUUUAGCCACACACGGUGGUGUUCGGGGGUGGAACAUAUCCUCCCCUGCUACCAUCGAUAGCACGUUGCGCCAAGAACUAUCGGAACGAGCAGAUAUGUAUACAAGGCAGGACAAAGCGACCAUUAUGAUUGCAACAUGGAACGUUAGCCAAGGAAGAGCUUCUGAAACGGCCCUCAAGUCCUGGCUGGGAUCUUCAGCAGUCUCCGACGUUGAUAUUGUAGUUGUCGGCCUGCAAGAGGUGGAGAUGGGUGCUGGUUUUCUUGCCAUGUCUGCAGCGAGAGAAACGGUAGGACUAGAAGGGAGCGCUGUGGGGCAAUGGUGGCUAGAUAAUAUCGGCAAGGCUUUAAACGAAAGAACUGUCUUCGAACGUGUCGGGUCAAGGCAGUUGGCUGCCUUGCUGAUAGCGGUUUGGGUAAGAAAAACGGUGAGGCCCCAUGUCGGGGACUUGGAUGUUGCUGCGGUGGCAUGUGGUCUAGGGCGAGCUAUAGGAAAUAAGGGAGGUGUAGGAUUGAGGUUGAGAGUGUAUGAUCAGCUGAUAUGUUUUGUAAAUUGUCAUUUAGCUGCACAUUUAGAAGCAGUAAACAAACGGAAUGCUGAUUUCGAUCAUAUUUUCCGAACAAUGACUUUCGGUCGGUCUACGCAAACCGCUGCUGGUGUUUCGUCGGCUAAUCAGGCUGUCAAGAACUCAAAUCAAACAACACCUACUAGUCCUGAAGAGGCCAGGCCUGAUCUUGCUGAAGCUGAUAUGGUCAUCUUUAAUGGCGAUUUGAAUUAUCGCCUAUUCGGCAUAAGCUAUGAUGAAGCUCGGGACUUGGUUUCGCAGCGAAGCUUUGAUUGGCUUCGCCAGAAAGAUCAGCUACGCGCAGAGAUGAAGGCUGGAAAAGUCUUCCAAGGGAUGCGGGAGGCCAUCCUUAUGUUUCCUCCCACCUACAAGUUCGAGAUAGGAAAACCGGGUUUAGGAGGUUAUGACUCGGGUGAGAAGAAACGCAUCCCGGCUUGGUGUGAUAGAGUUCUGUAUCGGGAUAACAAAGAUGGUACGACGACGAAAGAAUGCAGCUUAGAUUGCCCCGUGAUCGCCUCCAUAUCCCAGUACGACGCUUGUAUGGACGUGGUUGAGAGCGAUCACAAGCCCGUCCGUUGCAAGCUCAACGUCGACAUUGCUCAUGUCGAUAAAGCAGUUAGGAGGCAGGAGUUUGCCAAGAUCCUCAUGACCAACGAGGAGAUCAGGUCGAGCAUCGAGGAGCUGCGUUUCGUCCCUGAUACGUCGGUCAGCACCGACACCAUCGAGCUCCAGAACCAGGACACAUUCUGCUUCAAGAUCACCAAUCCAAGUCCCGAACACUGCGUCUUUUUCAAAAUCGCGUGUCUAGGACUAUGCGCCAAUGCGGACCCCAACUGCCGUCCACGUGGCUCAUUCGGUUUCCCACGUUGGCUCCACGUGGCACCAGCGGCCGGCUUGAUCAAGCCGGAGCAAGAGGCGGACGUAUCGGUGCACCACGAGGAGUUGCACAAGUUGGAGGAGUUGACAGGGGGAGCUGCACAAAGCUGGUGGGCUGAAGACGGCAAGGACAAGGAGCUCACCUUGUUGGUGACAGUACAAGGCAGUUGCUCGACCGACGUCAAAACCCACCGUGUGACUCUCCGGCACCGCUCCAUUCCACUCGGAUAGAUUAAACACAAGAAGCCACAAGGCUAACAGGAAGGUACAUAUUUGUAGAAAUGGAUAUUCUUUAAUGUGUUUAGAUUCAGUAAUAUAUCAAGGAAAGCGUGGUGAUAUUUUGGUAAA